CGGUCAUGAGCGCAUAGGGCACGCGCAGCUUGUCGUUGCUGCCGUCGGUGUCCUACCAGCAUCUGUUCCUCUUUUUGGAGCAGACUUAUGUUUAGGCUACAUCACUUCCCGUCGGGAAUAAUUUCUGCGCUACUUUCAUUUUAAUCACCGAACCGUGACCGCGAGAGCGCAAAUGCGCAUCGCUCUGCGCAUCUUUGAAUCUUCAGAACUACACUGUGGACAAUCUCCCUGACACCCAGAGACCUCUCCUCCGCAAUCCGACGAGGCUUCUUCACCGCCUAUGGCCGCAUAUCGGCAUCCCUGAGCCGCUGGCCUCGUCCCGGACCUUUCACCCAUCGCUGUCCUCAAAAGGUCUUUGAAUCAGGGAGACAUUUCUACAGAUUUAUUUUUUUUUAAAUCCUCAUCGGCUGACUAUUUUUAAAGAACCCGGUGCUAUGCUGGGCCCAUCUCUCUAGAUCUUGUGGUUUAAUACACGAUCUCUCCUCCCACAUUCGUCCGACCGAGACCCUGGUACUCUCAUCGAGCCCCAGCAAUGCAUCCUAACGCAGUGAUGCUGGCGGUGGUCCUUUUGGGGAACUUGAUGCUGCCUUUCAUCUCGGCUCAAAACGCUGGGUUUGUGAAGUCGCCAAUGUCUGAGACUAAGCUUACGGGGGACACCUUUGAGCUGUACUGCGACGUGGUUGGUAACCCAACUCCGGAGAUCCAGUGGUGGUAUGCUGAGAUCAACCGAGCUGACUCCUUCAAGCAGCUGUGGGACGGAGCCCGCAAGCGUCGGGUAUCCAUCAACACGGCCUACGGCACCAAUGGGGUCAGUGUGCUUGGCAUCACGCGUCUCACACUGGAGGACUCUGGGACCUAUGAGUGCCGGGCCAGCAACGACCCCAAGCGCAAUGACCUCCGACAAAACCCUGCCAUCACCUGGAUCCGCGCCCAGGCCACCAUUUCGGUGCUACAGAAACCAAAGAUCAAUGCCUCUGAUCAGACCAUCCUGUCAGCGGACACUCCUCUCAAACCCGUUACCCUGCAGUGUAACCUCACCACUGCCCACACUCCCCACAGGGAAAGCUUCUGGGUGAAGAAUGGACAGGAAAUCGCAAACACGCGGACAGAGCAGAGGAACACAGUAUACAGAAUCGCUAAACCACGGGCAGAUGACUCCGGGGAAUACAUGUGUGUUUACACAUUUGACAUGGCACCGAAUGCAAAUGCUACUAUUGAAGUAAAAGCAAAACCUGAUGUCACCGGCCACAAGCGAAGUGAAAAUAAAAACGAGGGGGAAAAUGCAAUGCUGUACUGCAAGUCUGUUGGCUACCCACAUCCCACCUGGACAUGGCGUAAAAUGGACGGAACAUCCUACACGGACAUUGAUAACUCCACCGGACGCUUCUUCAUCACUAACAGAGACAACUACACCGAGCUGAACAUACUAAACCUGGAUAUAAGCACAGAUCCUGGAAUAUACCAAUGCAAUGCCAGUAACGUGAUUGGAAACACUGCUCAGACCACUAUACUACGAGUGCGCAGCCACCUUGCACCGCUUUGGCCUUUCCUGGGUGUGCUCGCAGAAAUUAUAAUCCUAGUAGUCAUCAUCGUUGUGUAUGAGAAACGCAAGAGGCCAGACGACAUUAUUGAUGACCUGUACCAGUAUGUUAGUAGUUCCAGUGUGACAGCCCAACCUAACCAUGUGAGUGAAAGAAGUGAAAAACAAUUACGCCCAAACUUUAAGAUUUGGGAGUAAAGUUAUCUACAUUGACUAUAUUGGCAAACACACUGGCAAACCAAACCAAAUGCAUGCCUUGAUUCAGUUUUAUAGAUUUUUGGGUAGCUGUGGAUAUACCCUGUUCUAUUUUUUUCUGUUAACUGAAAUACAAUAUAAAACAAAGAUGUUAACACCCUCAAGGAAGGCAGACCCAUCCAGCCUUGCAAUAUUAAUGCUGUAAACCACCUGUAAUACUUUCCUUUACUAAUAGGACUACUUUGAAACACACUGGUAUUUUCUCCAUUCAAUAAAAACAUCUACUGUUAUGAAUACUUCACUGUUCAGUCCUCAAACACAGGAUGAGCCCUGUUUUUCAAUGUAAUCCAAAGAAUAAAAAAACAUACCGUAUCACGACCAACGUAGUUGUAACAUUACAGAGCUACUUGACUGUUAGGAGUACAGGAAAGCUUCAAGAGCCCCUACUUUAGUGGCCAAUUGAGGUUACACUGAAGCAUCUGCAGCGUGGGUAUGAACAUUACGCCAAAAUAUCAAACCACCAAUGUGGGCAGAGAAAUAGUAAAAACAGGAAUGAAAAAACAGAAAUGAAUAAUUCAUUCUGUAUCCAUUUACUCAUGCAUAUAUACAUAACCAACCUAUACAUUUACUGUAACUUAUUUUCAUUUGAAGUUUUGUCUGGUAUCCCCUACAUAAGACCAGCUUUUCCAUUUAACAAAAGAAAUGGCCCGUGCUUUAGGAGGCAGACAAAACUGCACGAUAAGAAUGUGACAAGAUGAAAAUGUCUAGAAAGCCCAAGGGCGUCUCCAGUCACCACAGGUUCAGUCUGACCUCUACUCAUGUGGCUUUGCCUUAUUUUCUUUUUGGAAUAAAACAUGAACACAAGCACAAUACAGAACUGCAACCACUAAUAUGAAUCACUCCAACUGGGCAACAGUUGUACUCCACACUCUAAUACAGACUAAACAAACAGAGCUUCAGGGUACAUCCUGCUUUUCAUUUACUGACCGUGGGAGCCGUCUGAAAUUGCAACCGCGGUCCAAACAAAAUAAGAUUUCCUCAGUCAAUUGUGUAAGGAAUAUUAAGUAGAUAAACCUGUCUUAAAGUUUUCAUCAAAUGUGUGGGGGUUUCUCUUUUUCAUUUUCUUUCCUUUUAAUCCACAUAUACACUUUACCCACACUUCAGGCAAUCACAAACUAAGGCUUAGAGCGACAGACUUAAAAUGUAUUAAUCAUUUAAUUGGGUUGAAAAUAGUGUUUACUGAUGCGUCAUUAUCCACUGAUUAACCAUUUAAUGAGUAUUAACAUCAGUUGCAAUUACAUAAUAUGAACAUAUUGACUGACAAUACAAAUGAUUUCUUUCAGUUUUACAAGUAGUAUAGAUACCCAUUUAUAAUAUUUAUCAGUGCACAUUUCUAAAGAUGAAAAUAUGUUAUCAGUUACUCAACAUUAUUUAAUGUAUAAUUUAUUAUACAUUUAACACUAUGCUGGUAAACUGUGUUUCUAAUCAUGUUAUCUUUAUUCGAUUUACAUCACUAAAUCAUAAAUCAUUAUUUGUUUGUGACCUGUUAAAAUAAUUACUUUAUCAUCAGAAAAAAACAAUACCAGCUUAAAAUACAUGCACACACACUCACAGACAUACACAAACUACACUGCUAAAGUAAGCUCCGUGUAUGGCCUCUAGUUUGGUUUCAUCUACCGGAAAAAUGAAGCGAUUAAGGUGGAUUAUAUUUGCCAUGUUUAUGCCAUUCAAAUCAGGAAUGAGGACUCCCUGCUCACGAUGCACAGCCUCUCUAAAAUCUCCUUUUAGCAUCCCGUAUUCCCGGAGGUUUUGGCCCCUGUCUGUGUGCAUUAUGAAUUCUGGUCUCUUGAUGGCUUAGCUGUGUUUGAACACUUUUAUACUCCAGAGCCAAGGGCUCUGAGGCAAAGGCUGACAUUUCUAUCCUGUGUUUCAAAACCAGUUGCUAAAAUUACAGAUUUUGCUGGGUGAUGAUUUGCUAAUCACUUUGUGUAUUAAGGAAAACUUAAAGCUAAAAAACUUACAGUAUCUCUGCAGAAAAAGUAGAACCGAUGCAAUCAGACUUGAUGCGCUACAAUGAUUAUUAUCAAUACUCAACUAUCAAUCUCACACAGCAAAAAUCUGUUAUUCAUUAUGUGCUUGCAAGGCCAUUAUAGUAAACACAGCUUUUGUGGUGUAUACAUAUAAGGUGUGAAAACAGGGGGAUGUACCGACAGAUGUUCCUCCUCCAAGUGAUCACUGAACCAUGUUUUUUUGUCUAACAUUAUAACUGCCAUAAUCCGGUCCAUAUUAAUACCAUGGAAUGCUGCUAAUGCUGCUUAUCUCCGACUUAUAACUGCAUGGAAAAUAUCUCACCAUGACUGGUUACUUACCUGUUUACACAUUUUCAUCUGUAUGCCAAACACCAACCACCCUGUCAACCCCAAGGCUGUGGAUUUUUGAACCUGUCACUCAAUGCAACAAUAUUCACUAUUAUUCACCAGUUUCUGCUAGUGUUACAUCAUAAUGUAUGCUAUUCAUUGCACUGCUGUAUGGUGACAGAGUAUGUCAAUUUUAUAUCUUGGUCCCUCUGAGAAAAUUACUGCUCAAAAAAUGUGUAUUUUUAUUAACUUCAUGUAGAUAAUCUGAAUAGAAAUUAUCACGGUAUAGAGAGAUAUUAACCACUGUGUGCUGCAGGGAAUUGAUGCUGAGAGAAAGCUUUGAAGGGAUUCAUGUUUUUAUGCCAAGUCAGUCACAAUGUCACACCCAUGUACCAGGCUCUUUAAAAAUCACUAUGAAAUUGCUGAGUGUAAUUAAAAGAUGGCUUUAAGUGAGCCAUCUGUAACCCUCCUACACAUAUGCUCAGGCUGAAAUGAACAGGAGCCCCAUGAGAUUGAGAUAGCAUGCGAGGUUAAGUUUAGAGUGUUUGGCAUUAAAGAUGUGGUUUUUUAAGAGACCAGCCACUGUUUUUUUCACAUUUCAGCCCUUCUAUUACAAAUAUGCUGCAGCCUUUAACAGCUUUUAGGCUCUGAAAAAAAAAAAAAUAAUAAUGCAAGAAGCUCCUAAAUUCUGUGUAUGUUUAGUGCUUUCCCUCUGACUCUGUUUAUCAAACACGACGCUUGUGCAUACAAAGCUGUUCGGCAGCUGACUCCCAUGUCUGUGAUGUCAGCGCUUCCCACUAGUGCACGACUCUGCCACACCAGUAUUCAAGUAUUCAAAGCAAUCUGUGCUUUCAGCUGCAUCAUCCCACAAUAUUUAUGUUCACUGAAUGAUUUGAUAACAUAUCUCUAGCAAAUUUCAGGUUUCUAAAAGUUUAUUUUCACAACAAAAAAAGGGAAAACUUUGAAAAAUGUCAGCAAAGUAAAGCACAUAUUAUUUGCAGUAAAUGCGCUGAAACAUGCAGCACGAAUAUUUUGCUUUUGUCUUUGCAUUAUAUUUGACUUCUGUUUCCCUUCUUUUCCCCCGUUUU